AUGGAAUAUGAUAAUAAUUUGGCCUUGGCAAUUAUUAGUGGUAUACGCCCCAAAAUUUAUAAAGAUAUGCCAUUAGAAUAUGUCCGAAUAAUGCAACAAUGCUGGGAUGCUAAUCCCGAAAAUAGGCCAAAUGCGAUAACAGUAUUUGACAUGUUUUGUGGGAUGUACAAAGAAGAAUUGCUACAAAAACAUAAACAUAAAUCUUUUAGAAUGAAAACUACCGAUUUUUUCAUGAAUAAAAAUAAUUGCAAUGUUUUCGGUGAUAAUUUUGCUUCUUCUGCGGUUUGUUUGCCGAAACUAUAUUUUCCGGCCCAUCCAAUCUCCCACUCUCACUUUAUACUGACAUCCAACGCGAUGUCUUCUUAUACUGCCGACUCUCGUCCACAAACCGCUGUGAACCUUCCGCAAUUGGUUAAUGAUAUGAGCACGGCCAACAACGUGCAGUUGAGUUAG